CUUCCGUUAUCUAAACUUUCUAGUAGAAUUUAAAAUUCUCCUAUAGUAGAGAUUAAAAUUUCAAUUUCUACUAGUGCAACUUAAAAUCGCCGCUUAUUUUAAUUUCUCCUAGUAGAAAAUGAAAUUUCAAUUUCAACUAGUAGAAUUUUAAAUUCUACUGCGACAUAUAUAUAGUGUGAUGUAAUUAACUUUUCUCUAUUUCUUUGUUAUAACUUGUCUCUCUAUUUCAUUAUUCUAAUUUUCUCCUUUCGUCCAUUUGUAUGGCGUGAUAUUUCUCGUCGCUUAUAGAAUAUAGACCUGAACCAUUUCGCGGUAUGUUUUUUCUGGUUUAGCCUCGAUUCGUCCCUCAUUGAUUUCUCAAUUCGUCCCUCGUAAAUUUUUAUUCUCAAUUCGUCCCUUAAGAUUUUUUUCUUGAUUCGUCCCUUCUCGAUUCGUUCCUCAAAUGCACGCAUAGGCUAAAUUAUUCGGCUUUUAAAUUUAUUAAUAAACUUUGUAAAAAGACCAACACUAAUAAUUAACAAUAUAUAAACAGCUACAAUUUAGAGCCAUUUAUGAUGCUUAAAAAAAAGAAGCUCACUAUCCUAUAUAAACUUACGGAUAUUCAGUAGAGGAGUACACAAAAAUUCUCCGAAACAUAAAAAGGCAGGUUUCUUGAUGCCAUUGGUUUAGCAUUAAUACCAGCUGACAUUGUUGAAAGUACUUGGACGGAUAUUAUGAAUUUAUACACUCCAGAUGAUGUUAAUGCUGCUGAAUUUAAUGAUUAUUUAGUUCAAACCUAUGUAGAUAUUAGUUUAUAUGGUAUUCAUAUAUGGAAUAUGCAUGAUGCAAUAAUUAAUGAUUUACCAAGGACAAACAAUGAUGUUGAGGGGUACAAUAGUUGUUUGGAAAGUAAUUUUCCAAAACACCCACAUAUUUAUCAUUUUAUUGAAUCGUUACGUGAUGAACAUUUGUAUCAAUAUCAUAGAGCUGAAGAAUCAGAUAUACAAAUAAGGAAACGAAAAAAAUUAUACAAUAAUAUUGACAGUAAGUUAUAA